ACGGGCAUGAUUUGAAAAGGAAAGAAGAACGGCGAGGAGGAACUCGGUCAACUCACUCUGGCCUGGAGAUAUCUACAGGCGCACGAGAUGAUCUCAUCCGUCGCAAUUCCAAAGGAAAAUUCAGUAUAGGCUGCUAUAUAUGUUUCUUGAAUCGGGGCCCAAGCAUCACCGCCUCUUUCUGCCACCACUACACCGCUCUGCAAGUGUUAGUGCGUGGAUAACUCUUGGUUUUACGAGUCGGUCAAAUGCUGCAGUGCCUCUCUCUCAAGUUACCGUCCGCAGCUUCAACGUCGCAACCAAACUUACCGGCUACAACCAUCGAGUUCCACCAAUAUAAUGAUCCUCCGCCUUCUCAAGGUGGAACCUCGACGGAUGGGACGCCGGUGUCGAGCACUUUGCAAUCCCCCACUGUUAACCUCACUCGUGAAUACACCCUCGCCGUUGAAUCUAAUUCCUACAACGAGAUAUGGUCCAAGAUUCAAAUAUCUAGUCCUCAGGAAUUUGACGGAGAACAAAUUGAGUUUCAUUCUAACAAUGACGAUGAGGCGGCUCGCCAGUUACUUUUGGCACAGGUUCUUCACCCGAACCGUGAAUGUGUGGAGGAGGCUCUCCGCGACGCCGUGCCCAACACUCUUACUCGCCUGGUCUCUAACUACUUUGAUCACAGUGAAAACACUACCCACCUCUGCCUUCGCCUCCACCGAAGUGUAUAUCGUGCCCGUGCUCUGUAUGAUCCUUUCCUUAAGCUCCUUGACGUCCUUCCCCAAGACUCAGAUUGCCUUACUGAAUCCCAAUGCAAUUACGCCUACGAGAUUUUUCUCGAAUUUGAUCGUUGUGACAAUCCAUUCCCUUGCCCGGAUUCACAUAACUUCCAAGAUAUACGCCACAGCUUUUCGCAACUCAGGCAACAACUAGAUGACCGGCUGCGCAAGUCCCGCUCUAGAGUCAGCCUAGUUCGCCGAGCCACUGCUGCCUCUGCCCUUUGCAUCAUCGGUUCUGCUGUGACUGUUACUUUUGCUGCUGUGGCGAUAGCAACUCAUUCCCUUAUUGCCAUUGUCGCCUGCCCCUUUUGCACUGUCUUAAACCUUCCGAGAAAACUCACCAAGAAAGAACUUGAACAUGUCAAGCAACUUGAUGCUGCAGCCAGGGGAACUUACGUACUAAAUAAUGAUCUUGAUACCAUCGAUCGCCUUGUUGCUCGUCUUCACGAUUCUGUUGAAUGUGAUAAGCAUCUUAUUCAGCUGGGACUUGAAAGGGGAAAUGGCAAGCAUCCCAUUUCAGAGGUAUUGAAACACCUUCAAAAAAACCAUCUUAAUUUUAUAGACCAGCUUAAAGAUCUUGAGGAACAUAUAUGCCUCUGCUUUAAUGCUGUUAACAAGGCAAGAUCUCUUCUCCUGCGAGAGAUCCAUGUUUAUCAGAAUUCUAAUUCCUAACAAGUAACCAAUUGAUUCUAGCUUUGGAUUUCAUAUACUUGCCAUAUUCCAUUUGUAUAAACUCAUCCUUGUACACCCUAACUGGGAGGGAAGCCUUUGCUUCCAUUUUUAAACAAUGGAUGCUUAGGGAGCCAUAGCAUUUGUACACCUUAACAUAUUCUGCCAGUUUUGGAAUAAAUCAUUCGCAGGAAAAGAAUUUUAUUUAUUUUUU